AUGGAUCCAACUCUUGUUUUAAAGAUCUGCACCCUUCUUCUAGCAGCUCUGGCGAUUGCUAAGUUCCCAGUGGGUAGGAUUGCUAGGUUCUUGAAGGCUGGCAAGUAUGCCAAGUGUGUCGGUGUCGGAGCUCCAGUCUACCUCUUUAUCGUCCUUGAAUACCUCACUGCUGAGGUAUUGGAGUUGACUGGGAAUGCAGCAAGGGAUAACAAGAAGAAUCGAAUAGUGCCAUGGCACAUUCAGCUUGCAGUGAGGAAUGAUGAGGAGCUUAAUAGGCUUUUGUGUGGAUUCCAUUUUCCAAAUUAG